AUGGAGAUGCAGAAACAGGAGGGGCUCCUAACAGAUGCUGAGAUGGAGUCCAUGACCUCUGUUCAAGCAUCUGAAGUUGAUGAUUGGGCAAAUUUCAAGGACAAUGAUAUUAUGCAACAGCAAUCUGCUAUCCUGGCUGAGGAAGCUGAGAAAAUUCCGUUUGUGGGUGACAAGGCAAGAACAUUGUCUGGCACUGAACGAUAA